AUGAUACAACGUCUUCGUUUUUAUCAAAUACCAUGGUCUCAUUACUGUGAUAAAGUUCGUUGGGCGUUGGAUUUGAAAGAAAUUCCCUACGAACUGAUAAAUUAUAAUCCGUUUGGAAAAACGAAAGGUUUAGAACGAGCACCCAAAACAAUGCCUAAGCUAAUGCCGAUGCUUGAAGAUCCAAACAAUAAAGAUGAUAAUCAAUUUCAAUAUGAUUCAACACCAAUUUUAAUCUAUUUGAAUACUCAAUAUCCUCGAUCGUCUAUAUCUCUUUUUCCAUCAUCAAGUGAACAACAUGAGCAAGUGAUUGAUAUAUGUUUACGUCUUGAUUCGACAUUAGGUCUUUAUGCGCGUCGUAUAGCUUAUGUUCAAAUACUCAACGAGAGCCCAAAUAUAUUGUCACUUGUACUCCGUGAAAAGUUUUCAUGGGCUAAUAAUCCAGAUACUAUUCGCUCACGCUUAAUUAGUCGAUUCGUUGCUUGUUUUAUAAUUGCUCGAUAUCGAGUUCAUCGUAUCCGUGAAGAACAAGUAAGAGAAAAAAUAGAACAAAUUCUUUUGAGCAUUGGAAAUCAUUUGCGUACAAAUGAUUAUCUUGUUGGUAAUCAAUUUUCAGCAGCUGAUUUAACAUUUUGUUCACUUGUAAAACUACUUAUACGAGUACCCUGUUUCUAUGAUGAUCGUCGUUUUCAAAUUAUUUUCGAUUAUCAUGAACGAAUUCGACGAAAUUACGAUCCAAAAUAUCCGAAUAUCGAUAAUGAGCUCGAGAAACACAUAGAUAAACAUCGAAUCCAAAUAAAGAAAAAUGAAAAAAGUUUAACUACUCGUCUUAAAAUAUUUAUUCAUCAAAUCAAUAUUGUACAACGAAUUUUUAUCAUGAUCAUGACCAUGAUUGUUAAAAAUAUUUACGGGCCAAAAACUGAUGAUGACAUCCCUCAAUUCAAAACAUCAUCAUCACGGAAUAAACAAGAAAAACACGCACUCAACGAUCAACGACGCAUAAAUUUCAAGUCACCUUGGCCAAUGAUGAAAUUCUUCUUCAAAUAUCAAUGCCAUCGGUUAUUCACUGUUCCAAACCAAGCGGCGUAUUUAAAUAUAAAAACAUAA